GUGUGGUUUAAUUUAUGGGUGUGGCUGCCUAGGAAUUUAAGGAAUUCAAGUCAACUUUAAGAAUUAGAAACUUCAAGCAGUGUUAUAUCUGGUGUUGUAACAAAAGUUUCAGUAAUGGGUACAAAAGUUUCUUUAAAAAUGUCUUAAAAAUAGCCAUUUUGGGUCUAUUGAGCCUCCAUAACGACAUGAUCUCGACUUUGCGCCUGCACUCGCCUUACACAGCGGAUGUCUGUGGGGGCACGUAUGUAACCAUGGUUAUAGAACUACCUUAAUCCUUGAGGGCGCUCUGUGCAGUUUGAAAUUGGUCUCGAAAUCGCGUGGCUUGUUGUGUAUGUAUUUUAUCCUGAAGUUAGCUCAAAAGGCCUUCAAGACACAAGGAAACAUAAAACAUGAGUGGUGUAUCAAGGUCUGGUGGAGAAGAAACAUUCAAAUGCAAUGAGUGCGGGAAAGGUUUUACAAAGAACUCUACAUUAAAAAAGCAUCUUAAGGGGGUACACAGUGAUGAAAAGCCUCAUAAGUGUACACAGUGUGACAGAUGUUUUAAAUGGCCUUCGCAAUUGCGAGAACACAAGAGAGUACAUACUGGCGAGAGACCAUACAACUGUACUCAUUGUGAAAAGAGCUUUACAAAGAAGCAUGUGCUUCAAAAGCACAUGCGGGUACACAGUACUGAGAAACCGUACAAAUGUAGUGAAUGCGACAGUUCUUUUAAAUGGCCUGAGCAAUUGAAAGGGCACCAGAGAAUACACACUGGUGAGAAACCAUACAAAUGUACGCAAUGUGAUAGUUCUUUUACAUGGCCUACGCAAUUGAAAGAACACAAGAGAAAACAUAGUGGUGAGAAACCGUACAAAUGUAACCAAUGUGGCAAAGAUUUUCGCAGGUUAUCCAACUUGGCAAGACACCAAAAGACAAUUAAAUGCAAUGACGGGCAGUACCACUGUGUUCAAUGUGGCAGUUAUUUUAGUCUCUCUUCAGAACUUCAGCAGCAUCUGAAAUUGCACACGAGUAAGAAACCCAGGCCCAGAGCAGUCCAAUGUCCUCAAUGUGGUGAACAUUUCAAGACCUUUUUAUCUUUACGAGAGCAUCUGAAUGUGAUUCACAGUGAACCAAAACCCUACAAAUGCACCAAGUGUGAAAAACGUUUCAAAUGGCACCAAAACUUAAGUACACAUUUGAAGAUUCAUAGUGGCGAGAAACCCCACAUCUGUGCUCAGUGCAACAAAUGCUUUGGCAGGUUAUCGACUUUGGACCGACACUGUAUAUCUGUACACGGUGACAUAAAGCCUUUCAAAUGCAAUCAGUGCGACAAACGUAUGUCUGACCCAUCAAGUUUGAAACAGCAUCUUAGGAUUCAUAGUGGUGAAAGACCCUUUCCAUGUAGUCAAUGUGACAAAAGUUUUUACUCCUCUUCAAAUUUUAAAACACACUUCAGGAAACACAGUGGUGUGAAGCCCUACAGCUGUGCUGAUUGUGAUGUAAGUUUUACUCACAAAGAGAGUCUGUUACAUCAUAACAGGUCAUUUCAUGGUGAUAUGCCGUACAAGUGCAACCAAUGCGGCAAAGGCUUUACCACUCCACGUGGUCAAAAGAGACACAAGUGUGACAGUGACAAGUCUAAAACACCUAGUGAUGUGAGCGUGGUUGUAGUGGCAGUACUGUGUGGUGUAUCAAGGUCUGGUGGAGAAGAAACAUUCAAAUGCAAUGAGUGCGGGAAAGGUUUUACAAAGAACUCUACAUUAAAAAAGCAUCUUAAGGGGGUACACAGUGAUGAAAAGCCUCAUAAGUGUACACAGUGUGACAGAUGUUUUAAAUGGCCUUCGCAAUUGCGAGAACACAAGAGAGUACAUACUGGCGAGAGACCAUACAACUGUACUCAUUGUGAAAAGAGCUUUACAAAGAAGCAUGUGCUUCAAAAGCACAUGCGGGUACACAGUACUGAGAAACCGUACAAAUGUAGUGAAUGCGACAGUUCUUUUAAAUGGCCUGAGCAAUUGAAAGGGCACCAGAGAAUACACACUGGUGAGAAACCAUACAAAUGUACGCAAUGUGAUAGUUCUUUUACAUGGCCUACGCAAUUGAAAGAACACAAGAGAAAACAUAGUGGUGAGAAACCGUACAAAUGUAACCAAUGUGGCAAAGAUUUUCGCAGGUUAUCCAACUUGGCAAGACACCAAAAGACAAUUAAAUGCAAUGACGGGCAGUACCACUGUGUUCAAUGUGGCAGUUAUUUUAGUCUCUCUUCAGAACUUCAGCAGCAUCUGAAAUUGCACACGAGUAAGAAACCCAGGCCCAGAGCAGUCCAAUGUCCUCAAUGUGGUGAACAUUUCAAGACCUUUUUAUCUUUACGAGAGCAUCUGAAUGUGAUUCACAGUGAACCAAAACCCUACAAAUGCACCAAGUGUGAAAAACGUUUCAAAUGGCACCAAAACUUAAGUACACAUUUGAAGAUUCAUAGUGGCGAGAAACCCCACAUCUGUGCUCAGUGCAACAAAUGCUUUGGCAGGUUAUCGACUUUGGACCGACACUGUAUAUCUGUACACGGUGACAUAAAGCCUUUCAAAUGCAAUCAGUGCGACAAACGUAUGUCUGACCCAUCAAGUUUGAAACAGCAUCUUAGGAUUCAUAGUGGUGAAAGACCCUUUCCAUGUAGUCAAUGUGACAAAAGUUUUUACUCCUCUUCAAAUUUUAAAACACACUUCAGGAAACACAGUGGUGUGAAGCCCUACAGCUGUGCUGAUUGUGAUGUAAGUUUUACUCACAAAGAGAGUCUGUUACAUCAUAACAGGUCAUUUCAUGGUGAUAUGCCGUACAAGUGCAACCAAUGCGGCAAAGGCUUUACCACUCCACGUGGUCAAAAGAGACACAAGUGUGACAGUGACAAGUCUAAAACACCUAGUGAUGUGAGCGUGGUUGUAGUGGCAGUACUGUGAGUAAGUUUUGUUUCGAACAACAGGUUUCAAGUGACUAGAUCUACGUGUACAUGCACCUACACUGGGUAAUUUAAUUACAGUUGAACCCUGCUAUUUCAAUUUCUUAGGGGAAAUGAAACAUUGUUCAAAAUGGCAGGAGUUCGAAAUAGCCCAUAGUAAAUAACAGAAGGGAAAGUCCAAGGAAAAUGGUUUUGAGUUCGAAAUCACGGGGAAUUUGAAAUAAGUGAGUUCUAAUUAGCAGGGUCCAACUGUAGCUUCCUUUUCCCCCAGGCUAGGGAUAGGGCCAGGUUUCAAAGAAUAAAUCCACUAGUACACACAUGUAGCAUAGCAAUACAAUUAGAAUGUUAAUUAGAUCUGGGAAACGUUGUAUUAAGACAUUUGUAGUUUAUCACUCUCUUGAUGUGAGACUGAAUUUUGAUGUUUUUAAAAGAAUAGUUCUUAUUUACUGAUGGUAAAUGAUAAGUACCUGCCUGACCAAGGCUGUGGUCUAAGAAAAAUUACGAGGAGCCCAAAAGUUCCUGGUGAUUAAAUCCUGGGUGCCCAGCACCUUAAGCUUAUAUGAUAAAAAGUAUGAUUUUCCAGUCUCCCAAAAGUAAACGUAAGUCACCUGUGGCACCUGGGCACUUCUAGUGCACAACCCUGUGUCUCCCUUAACAACAGUGAGACAAGCCAGCAAAACUAGUUGUAAUGCUAUUAAUUACUUAUGUUUGUGAUUUUUUAAGAGUGGAGGGAUGUAGAAAAUAGCCAGUUGUUAGGGAAAAAGACCUUCUCAAACUCAAAUCUUAAUUGUGACAGUGUUUGGAUUUCUAAUCUUAAUCAGCAUAGGUUUUUACCAUUUUAUUUCUCCAUUUUCUCCUUAGUCCUAGUUUCAAUUGAGAAGGUAAUAUCAAGACACUCAAAGCAGGGUUUGACCACAUUUCCUAACACCUCUGUCAAAGUUUGUCAAGAAUACUGCUACGCAUCACAUUUUCAACUCUCUUCUCAGUGUUUGGAAAUGUGGUCAAACAUGGUCUUCUGUGUUUGAUCAUUUACUUCAUUUUCUUUGCCUUCUACUAUACUCAGCUGGGCUGUACAUCUAUUUCUGUGCAAAAAAAAGGAACUUUCAUGUUUUUACAAACUAUUUGACCCUUAUCCUGAGACUGGCAAACAAAUGCAUGUAUGUUUCUCACUUUUUUUUUAAUGUUUGCCAAUGAUCAGCCUGGUGGGGGGCUCCCAUAUAAAAAAGGAGAGAGGUGCUCACCGGAAAUUUUGAAAAGAACCCCUAAGAUGUAACAAGAUCCUGUUUAGUGUGCAUGGCUU